AACUAGCAGCUAUAAUAAAGAUGUUAACUAGAGUACCCCAGACAUCAUCAUCAGCCUCAUCUCUCAUAAAUUCUAGCCAACAAGAAAAGAUUUCUGUCCUAUCCAUAGUGGGUAUGGGAGGUAUCGGUAAGAGUACACUAGCUCAAAUGGUCUUUAACGAUGACUCAAUAAGGAGUUCCUUCGAUAGAAGAAUUUGGGUCUGUGUGUCUGAUGAUUUUAACAUCAAGAAGAUCUCAAUAAACAUAAUUGAGUCAGUUACUAACAAGAAGUGUGAUGAUGUAUCAAAUGUCACUGUCUUGGUUAAUGAACUUCAAGAUCUGUUGAGAGACAAAAAAUAUUUCCUGGUACUUGACGAUGUAUGGAAUGAGGAUGCAGAGGCCUGGGAUACCCUUAGAGGUUUACUAGGCGUGGGUGCUCAGGGGAGUCAAGUCUUGGUCACUACACGUAGCAAAAAAGUUGCAUUCAUUGUCAGUAGUAUUACCCCACCAUACAUCUUAGAAAACUUACCUGAUAAUGUUUGUUGGUCUAUCAUUAAGAUCAAAGCAUAUUCUUCUGGUGGAGCCUUAGAGACUCCAAAAAUGACUGAUAUAGGAAAGGAAACAGCAAAAAACUGUGGUGGUUUACCACUUGCUGCAAAUGUUCUCGGAAAUCUUAUGCGCUUGCAUAGAACUGAGAAUGAUUGGUUGUUAAUUCGUGACCAUGAUAGUUUGAGUAUUAGAAAUGCGAAAACAAAAAUCAUAUCAAUACUAAAAUUAAGCUAUGAUAAAUUACCCUCGCAUUUGAAACAUUGUUUUUCCUAUUGCUCUUUAUUCCCAAAGGAUAUGACAAUUGAUAGGAAAACUUUGAUUCAAUUGUGGAUGGCUGAAGGGUUCCUUCAUCCAUCUCAUGGUGGAAGUCAAAUAUCACUAGAAGAUGUUGGUAAUGAUUAUUUUCAUAGUUUACUGGCUAAUUCGUUUUUUCAAGAUGUGAGAAAGGAUGACCUAGGAGACAUUGAUACCUGCAAGAUGCAUGAUUUAGUACACGAUCUUGCUCAGAGUGUCAAUGGUGUUCAUGAUAUCAAGAUUGUGAAUUCCAAUGCAAUGGAAUCUAUUUUUAAAGCUCGUCGUUUGCAAUUAGUGCUAGACAAACAAACAUCCAAAGCAUUUUCAGAAGUCCUGGAAAAAGCAAAAAGACUGAGGUCUGUUUUUUCCCUUGGCAAUGAUCAUCUAGCAGAACGUUUACUUUGUAACAAGAAACUGCGGGUAGUUUAUUUGCAGCGUCGGUAUAAUCUAGGCAUUCAGUCUCCUAUAUGUAAGCUUAAACAUUUGAGGUACCUUGACCUAUCUGAUUGUGCUUUUGAUGGACAUGAUGUAUCCAUCCAUCAACUUUACAAUCUGCAAACAUUGGUCCUCAGUGGGUGUACAAAAGUAGAAACGAUUCUCAAAGGAAUUGGGUCUUUGAAAAUCUUAAGGCACAUCAAUCUCAGGAAUUCAGAUGUUAAAGUACUACCUGAUUCUGUCGUUAAGCUUACCAAUCUGCAGACAUUACAUCUAAGUUCUUGCCGUCAUUUAUCCUCCCUACCUCUAAAUAUAGGGUCUUUGAAUGAUCUAAGAGAGUUGGAAUUUCUAUCUUGUGCAACGUUGAAAGCAUUACCUGAAGAACUUGGAGCAUUGACACGAUUAAGGUGCCUGGAUUUGUCACAUACUGAGAUUAAUGUAAUGCCCGAGUCAUGCAUUAGCAGCCUUUGCAGUUUGGAGAUGAUGGUAUUCGGAGACUGUAAGCUUCCAAAAGAAAUAAAUUGGCCAAAAUUGAGAAUUCUUAAACAUAAUGGAUGGAGAAUAGAUGAAAUGCCCAGAGGUAUAGAAACUCUAACUUGUCUUGAAACAUUAGAAUCCUAUACAGUGAGGAACAACGAAACCAUCUCUUGCAGUGGUGGUGGUGAUGGGAUUGAAGAUUUAGCCAACCUAAAUUCUCUAGAAGUGUUAAAGAUUCUCAAUCUGCGGUUUGUGAGGGGUGGUAUUGACGCAGGGAGAGCGAAGUUAAAGGAUAAGAUAAACCUUUGGAGUUUGUUUCUAGAUUGGUGUUGCGGUGACAAUGAUGGCAAUGAAAUGGCAUUUGAUGAGGUGUUGGAGGGUCUCAAACCUCACCCUAAUUUGAGAAGAUUGAAUAUACAAAAAUUCUCGGGUUUGAACCUUCCGGAAUGGAUGGGUUCAUCCAAUUGCCUUCCAAAUUUAGUUGAUUUAAGCCUUUCAGAAUGCAAUAGAUGUGAGAAGAUACCAUCACUGGGCAUGCUCCCAUGUCUUAAGUUUCUUAGUAUUGAUUUGAUGAGGUCAGUGGAGCGUUUGGGUGACGAGUUCCAUUACCAGCAAGAAGAAGAAAGAAUCAGCACCAACGGUAACAGUAAUAGUGGUAGCACUGAAAAUCUCACUGCAAUAUCAUCAUUUCCUUCUUUAAUUCGUUUGAGUAUCAGAGAAAUGCACAAUCUAAUAGAAUGGGUUUCUCCUCUUCCAAUUGACAAAUCAUUUCCUUUCCUUGUGACGCUUGAAAUCCAGAAAUGUCCAAAGCUGAGAAGCACACCAAACUCAUAUACUUUUCUUAAGGUAUUGAAUUUAAUCGACACCAACAGCAAGGCAGUAACCUCAAUCUUGGCUACCAGAGGACUUGUGCUAAGUUCAGAGGUUUUCUUGGAGUUGAUGAUCUAAACAACUUGUUGUUUUUGAUUGGAAAUGAUGAUAUAAACAACUACAACAACAAGGAUGAAGACGAUGAUGAUUUCGAAGAAAUACUGUCUUUUUCAUGUCCUAUGAUCAACUCCAACUCCAACAAUCGCAGCAAUUCUCUCAGAUCAUUGCAUUUGAGUACUUGUCCUGUUUUAACAGUACUCCCUGAUUUGCGAUCAUUCACUUCUCUCAGGCAAUUAACCAUAUGGAAGUGUGACAAAUUGAAGCAGUCUAUACCCUACGACCUCAAGAAUGCUCUUACCUUUCUUGAAGAGUUGAAAGUUGAUUAUAUUCAAAGAGAAGACGAGCAACUGGAAGAUCCAACUGGUAAAGAUAAACUAAUUAAUUUGAUGUUUGAUCAGAAGAAGUAAAUUUCUUUGCUGCAAUUCAUCUCUUCCAACACCAUCUAAUUCCAUUCACUACCUACAGAAUUCUUGAGGAUUGAAUGAAGUUCGGCGGAACCCAUCGUUGGUGGUUGGUACACCAGGAGAUGUAGAAGACAUGCUGUUAUUGUAGGUACUAGGUACUUCUAACUUAGAGAGUUGUGAAUCAACGGCAAUGCCCAACGGCUACGAUUGAGAGACAUGUUGAUUGUUGGCAAUGAUGAGUCAGUGCCAACCCACGCACUCAUGAAAGUUGCUAUUUGGUUGGAGCUAAGCACAUCAAUAUUGUCAAUGGAGCGGCUAUAAAAUGUACUUGGUAAAGGUGUAUGAAUGAAGAACAGAACCAGGAAGACCUGGAGAGUUACCAAAGCAGAAUCUCAUCAUCUGUUUAAUCAUUUCAGAACAGUUGAGGACAUUCUGAGUUCUUGUCUCAUCGGUCCUUUAAUCAAUGACAUCUGAGUGACCCAGUAAUCGUUUUUUGAUUACAUUCUAGCGUUUGCUUCGACUUCUUUUGCCUUCUGCAAAUGGAUUGGUGGUGGUUGUGGUGCCAACCUAGUUGGGAUGGCACCAUAGUGAUGCUCUAGAGGCUGAAGUCUUUUUUUUGUUUGUCUGUGUCCUGUUUUAUUUUAAAUUGAGACUGUAUUUACAGACCAACAAGAAGAGCGCAAACUUCUUACCUGUAGGAACUAUGAUGUGCAGACAUUUCCAUAAAUUAGAAAUUUUCAU